UGAAGCUUGAAGAAUGCUAUAUUCAUUCUCGCGCGGAUAAAAGAUGAAAAUAUAUGGAAUGGACUCCGGCGGCCUUUUCUAAAAUAUAGUCUUUAGCAGUUAUCAUAAUAUUUGCUAAGGAUGGAUGGUCAGGCGUAGCCUGAACAAACUAACUCCUUUUCAGCUUGCACCAUGUCCAUGGUUCGGAUAUGUGAGUCGGGAGAGGCUGAUAAGGAACUCGUUCCUUAUUGGAUUCCAGGAUGAUCUUCCAGGAUGACUGGGAAGCUAUCUUGCAUCUUGCAGCUUUCUUAUCUGACAUCGUUCCGUAUCACCACGAUGACGAUGCUCCAGGUAUAUAUUUACGAUGUUAUAGGGUUACCUCGAGUAAUUCACGUGCAGCUACCUGAAAUAAGUUUACCUUUGACGGGGCUGCUGGUUUGCGUCUCCUGCUCUAAGAGCCGAUUGCCAUCUUGAAAGCACCAAAUUCCGUCAAGAUGGCUGUUUCCUCAAGGAAGCUGUCGGCCGCUGAGCUCAAGAGGAGGCUUACCUCCCUCCACUCUUGGGAACUCCCUAAGCAGACCGGCGCGCUGGCCCCGUCGCACGUAUGGACGAAUCGCGAUAUGGAUCCAACGCCCGUCGAGGAUCAGACGUGGAAUACGUGGACGAUUUUGGCCUACUGGGCUACCGACACGAUUAACUUGGCUACAUGGCAGACGGCCUCUGCAAUCCUCGCGGUGGGACUGAGUUGGCGUGAAGCCAUUCCUAUCAUGAUAGUAGGAACCUUCUGCGUUGCUGUACCUCUUGUGCUUAACGGCGCCAUUGGUGCUAAACUUCAUGUGCCUUUCUCCGUGAUUGCGACUAGUAGCUUCGGUUACUACCUAAGAUACUUCUGCAUCGUCAGCCGGGCCAUUCUAGCUAUGUUUUGGCUGGGUAUACAGGGCGCAAACGGAGCUCAGUGCAUCACGAUUAUGCUGCGUGCCUGGGCGCCGUCGUACAACGACAUUCCGAACCAGCUAUCCCAGACUGCCGGCAUCACCACGCAAGGGAUGCUUUCUUAUUUCCUCUUCUGGGUAAUUCAACUACCACUGCUCCUCAUCCACCCUACCAAGUUACGUCCGCUGUUCUGGGUUAAAUUGUUGGCCGCUCCGGUAGCUGCCAUUGCAACGAUGGGGUGGUGUAUCAAGAGGGCUGGAGGGGGCGGUGACAUCUUUGCCUUGCGAGCGACGGCUGACGAACAACAAUACGUUUGGUUAUGGCUAACUUGCAUGUCGAGCGUGGCAGGUCAAUGGAGCACUUUGGCUGUAAACAUACCUGAUUUCACUCGCUACGCGAAGUCGGCUAGGGGCCAAUACAUCCAACUCCCAGCGAUGCCCAUUAUAUUUACUUUGUGUGGCGUUCUAGGUAUUGUAACAACGUCUGCGAGCAAAGUAUUUAGUGGAGACUACCUCUGGAACCCUUUGGAUAUCAUAGCCAUUUGGCUCGACUAUGGCUCUGGUGGACGAUGUGCCGCCUUCUUUGCCGCCCUCGCGUGGUAUAUUGCACAGGUUGGAACGAAUAUCACCGCGAAUUCGAUCUCGGCGGCCAACGACCUAACCGUUCUUUUACCUCGCUGGAUUAAUAUUAGGCGAGGCUGCAUUAUCGCUGCGCUUGUCGGUGGUUGGGUGCUGGUGCCGUGGAAGAUCCUCAGUUCUGCGCAAACCUUCCUCGCCUUCAUGAGCGGGUAUGCCGUCUUCCUCGGGCCGAUGGCUGGCAUCAUGGCGUCUGACUACUGGCUUGUCAAGAAGAUGCAGAUCGACAUACCGAGCUUGUAUGAUCCGCAUGGUCGUUACCGCUAUGUUGGCGGAUGUAACUGGCGCGCGGCGGUCGCCUUCAUCGUGCCCGUCGCGUCUCUUCUCCCCGGCCUAGGCCUGAGCAUCAGCGGCCCCCAAGUUGUUCAUAUUAACGAUGGCGUUACUAACCUCUACACCCUUAAUUUCCUAUUCGGGUUCGUAACUUCGAUCGUUCUUUACACGGCACUAAGCUACGCUGUACCGGCGAAAGAAACAUUACUAAAGGAUAUGAUUUGGGAUCUAGACGACACCAUUAUCGAGGCACAUGUGCGGGAUGAUGCGGGAGCCGAGAAAUGUUCGGGUACCGCUUCAUCCGAGAAGACUAAGAAGUCUAAUGAAAAACCGUUGUAAAACUGUUGAAUUCGACAUAUGUGGGUAUGUUGGGUAUGUUGGGCUACAGAUAUAUGACCAACUAUCUUGCAUAUUGAUCUAAAUAAGCCCCCUUAUCUAACCUUUCCAAAAUGAGACGUCGCUGGAUUUCGAAGGUAUUCCAAUAAACGAGAAUAAAAGGAUCCAUCUUUCGAGUAUCCCUUUUUUUCAACGCAGACACAUACAACUUGAGAUAUUACGUGUAUGCUUAAGAUAACGGCGACGGCUAGCUGACAAGUCAACGACUUUUGUGGUGUUUUGUAAGCAGUGUUUGAAUC